UAAAAUCCUGUUUUUCUCUUUAAAGAAAUUUAUUAUUAUUAAAUUCAAAUAUUAAUAUUUAAACUCAAACUUCAAACAAUAGAUGACGCCAAUAAUCAACGAGGUAACAAUAAACAGACGACGAUGACAACAAUAACAAUUGUUAAGAGAACAAAAUAAUAAAGGAAAACGCCAUUUCAGCUUCAGUUCGAUGUAUCUGAUUUGUGACGAAGAAAAGUGUGAAUAGUUUAGCUCGUAAUAAUAAUAAACAUGUUUACAAUCAAAAUCUUGAGAAAAAUCAUCCAAGGAUGACAUAAUCGAGCAUAAUGAUCCAGACCUGUUAAGUUGAUCUGAUUUUUUUUCCAGCACCAAAAAAAAAAAAAAAAAAAUCGCGUACAUUGCCCCAUAUCAUCAAUAAAAAUAUUAUAACUGAUAAUCAUAUGAUCAAAUAGUCUAUCAUUCAUAAAUCUUGUGGUGGUUUUAUUAUAUUUUUUAUUGUUGUCGAUUGAAAUUCCUCAUCAUCGCAACACAAUAUGGCUGAUACUACAUUGCUGAUUGAAGAUCAACAUCAUCGAAAUCCGAAAUAUUUUCUUGCCGCACUAAGCGCAUGGAUUGGUUCAUUUUCAAUGGGAACUGUACUUGGUUAUUCUGCACCUGCAUUAGCUAGCUUUAAACAGCAAGGAUCUCAUAUUCAUCUUAAUAGUUUUACUGAUUCAAUUUUCGCUAGUCUUAUGCCAUUUGGUGCAAUUAUUGGCUCUAUUUGUGCUGGUUUCUUCACUGAAUCAUUUGGCCGUAAAGGAACAUUAAUAUUUACAACAUUACCAUUUGUAUCCGGCUGGAUUCUCAUUGCAUAUUCUGGAAACUUCGAUUCCUUGGCAACAUUAAUGAUUGGUCGUUUUAUUACCGGAUUCUGUUGUGGUCUAAUAUCGUUGACUGUUCCUGUUUAUAUUGGUGAAACAUGUGAUCCAGCUAAGCGUGGGUUUUUUGGUUCCGGUUUUCAAUUGACGGUCACACUAGGAAUUGUACUCACCUAUAUAAUUGGAAAAUAUUUCAUCUGGUCUGAUUUGGCGUUAUUUCUAACCGCUUUUCCGUUGUUAUUAUUAUUGACCAUACUAUUCAUGCCCGAAUCACCAGUAUGGUUAUUGAAAAAAGGCCGUAUAUCUGAAGCAACUGAAGCAAAUAUGUUUUUACAUGGUGCUGAAGGUAGUCGACGUGUGGCCGUCGAUAUAACCAUACCGGCAACUUACGUGAUUCCACAAGAUUCGAAUGAAAAUGGCAUUGCUUCUGCUGCUGCUGCUGGUAUCGGUGAUGGUGUUUACAUCAAUGGCAAUGCAUCAAUCGUACAACAAUUUCGAUUAUUCUCAUUAUCUAAAUACUAUAAACCAUUAUAUAUUGCUAUUGCGUUGAUGUUUUUUCAACAAUUUUCCGGCGUUAAUGCAAUGAUUUUUUUCAUGACAUCCAUAUUUGAAAGUUCAAAUUUUGAAUCAAUUUCACCAUCCGAUUCGACUAUUAUUGUUGGUUUCAUUCAGGUAUUGGCCACACUAUUGGCAUGUUUUCUAUCCGAUAAAUUCGGAAGACGUUUCCUAAUGAUUAUUUCCAGUAUUGGCGGCCAUCUAAGUUUAAUACCAAUGAUCAUCUAUUACUAUAUUGUUGAUAAACAUCAUGGUAAUGACUUAAAUGUUCAUUAUGGAUGGAUACCAAUCGUAUCGUUAAUGUUUUUCAUCAUUUCAUUUUCAUUGGGUCUUGGUCCGAUACCGUGGUUGAUAAUGGGUGAAAUAUUGCCGUUUAAUGUGAAAAAACUGUCAUCAAUCAUUGUCUCAUCAUUUAAUUGGUUUUGUGCUUUCAUUAUCAUUACAUUCUAUUAUAAAUUGGUUGAAACGGUCGGUAGCCAAUUCACAUACUUGAUGUUUUCAUUCAUAUGUCUAUCAUGUGCUAUAUUCAAUAUUAUUUAUCUACCUGAAACCAAAGGCAAAUCAUUUCAGGAGAUUGAAGACCUUUUCACUCAAAAUCAAGUUACACGAUCUCAUAAUAAUGAAUCACAUAAUGAAUGAACCAUUAAAUGAUGAAAUGAAUUAGUUAAUUAUAUUAUAUCAAUUCUAUAAAGAGUGUCAAAACAAUAAAUUAAAUUAAAUUAAAUAAUUUUCAAACAAA